GGAGGGACAACAACAACAACAACAGAGAGCCCCGGCCCGCGGCGCCGGCGGGCGGCGGGACCCGGCCAUGGCCCCCGGCUCCGGGCAGCGCUUCCCUGUCCUCCGGCACCGCUCGCCCGCCCCUCUGGAGCCCUAAAUUCACUAUCGCGGCUUUGUAGCGUUUUUUAUUAUUUCGUAUUAUUUUUGUUUUCCGCUCUCCCCUUCCUCCCCCGUGUCUCCCCCCUCGGCGCCUCGGCCCCGCCGCGCUCCGCUCCGCUCCGCUCGGCCGGGCGGGCGGGCGGCCGCGAGCGGAGCGGAUCGGCGCGAACAUGGCGACGGUGCCCGUCUAUUGCAUCUGCCGGCUGCCCUACGACGUGACCCGCUUCAUGAUCGAGUGCGACGCCUGCAAGGACUGGUUCCACGGCAGCUGUGUUGGUGUGGAAGAAGAAGAGGCACCAGAUAUUGACAUCUAUCAUUGUCCAAAUUGUGAGAAAACCCAUGGAAAGUCGACCUUGAAAAAGAAAAGAAAUUGGCAUAAGCAUGAUACCAGCCAGACAACGGAGGUCAAGCCUGUACAGAACGGGAGCCAAGUGUUUAUUAAAGAGCUUCGAAGUCGGACAUUUCCCAGUGCUGAAGACAUAGUGGUGAAAGUGCCAGGCAGCCAGCUGACAGCGGAGUAUUUGGAAGAGAAGGGCUUUGCAGAGCCCAUCCUGGUCCCCAAGAAGGAUGGCCUGGGUCUGGCUGUGCCUGCACCCACCUUCUAUGUCAGCGACGUUGAGAACUACGUCGGGCCAGAGCGGAGUGUUGAUGUCACUGAUGUCACCAAGCAAAAAGAUUGCAAGAUGAAGCUCAAGGAAUUUGUGGAUUACUACUACAGCACAAACAGGAAAAGGGUCUUAAAUGUCACAAACCUGGAGUUCUCUGACACCAGGAUGUCCAGCUUUGUAGAGCCUCCUGAUAUCGUUAAGAAGCUGUCCUGGGUGGAAAAUUAUUGGCCUGACGAUGCUCUGCUGGCUAAACCCAAAGUGACCAAGUACUGCUUGAUCUGUGUGAAGGACAGCUACACUGACUUCCACAUAGACUCUGGGGGGGCCUCUGCCUGGUACCACGUGCUGAAGGGAGAAAAGAUCUUUUAUCUCAUCAAACCAGCCUCCGCAAAUAUUUCUCUAUAUGAACGCUGGCAGUCAGCAGCAAAUCACAGUGAGAUGUUUUUUGCAGACCAAGUAGAUAAAUGUUACAAAUGUACCGUUAAACAAGGCCAGACACUCUUCAUCCCAUCAGGUUGGAUUUAUGCAACUCUAACACCAGUAGACUGCCUGGCCUUUGCAGGACAUUUUCUACACAGUCUAAGCAUGGAAAUGCAGAUGAGGGCAUAUGAAGUAGAAAGGCGUUUGAAAAUCGUCAGUCUGACUCAGUUUCCCAACUUUGAAACUGCGUGUUGGUAUAUGGGGAAGCAUCUACUAGAGAAAUUCAAAGGUUUGCAUAAAGCUGGAAAACAACCUCCUGCUCAUCUCCUUCAAGGAGCAAAGAUUCUCAAUGGUGCUUUCAGGUCGUGGACUAAAAAGCAGGCUUUAGCAGAGCAUGAAGAUGAGCUACCAGAAAACUUCAAACCAGCACAACUUAUCAAGGACCUUGCCAAAGAAAUAAGAUUAAGUGAGAAUGCUUCAAAAGCCAGCAAAGCAGACUCAAGUGCCAACCCCACGGCUGAGGAGAUCUGUCCUGUGGAGAAGGAGGAGGCUCCAUCACCUGUCCAAGUCACCCCUCCACCCCCACCUGUAGAAAAGCUCCCUAAAAAAAAGACUCCCAAAACUGUGAAAACCCCCAAACAACUCAAGCCAUCCAAACCCCCGAAGCCUCCCAAACCACCCAAACCUCCCAAAACACCGAAAGUGAAGGGAGAAGGCAAAAAGAAAGGAAAGAAGGUGAAGGAGAGUCCACCACCAGCCAUCCCCAACCUCGACCUGCUGGAGGCACACACGAAGGAGGCUCUGACCAAGAUCGAGACGCCAAAGAAGGGGAAGGCUGCAAAGAAUGUUUUAAGUGUUCCCAAUAAGGAAUCUGUGAGCAAGCAGAAUGAGGUGGAGAAAUUUGAAGUUCGAGAGCAAAAUAAAAACAAAACAGAAGCCAAAUGGAAAUACAAGAACAGUAAACCUGAUUCACUUCUAAAAAUGGAAGAGGAACACAAAUCUGAAAAGACACCUUUAUCAGGAAAUAAAGACAACAAAUUCACAUUCUCCUUCUCUAAUAAGAAGUUGCUCGGUUCAAAGGGAGUCAAAACUCAUCUGAAUACCAGCGUGUUUGGGUCACUGCAGAAUUUUAAAGAGGACAAAUCCAAACCUGUACGGGAUGAAUAUGAAUAUGUGUCAGAUGAUGGAGAACUAAAAAUUGAUGAGUUUCCAAUCAGAAGAAAGAAAAACACUGCAAAAAGAGAACUGCCCUUUUUAUCAGAUAAAAAGGAAGCCCUGCAGCACACUCCUGUUAAGAAACCGAAGGUGGAGUCGGUACCAUACAAGAGCGAGGAUUCAUCCGAUGAAGAUUUGCUUCACAUUGACACAGAGGCAAAGGCGGGACGCAAUUCCAAAGUAAAGAAAGAGAGUGGAAGUUCAGCAGGAAUUCUUGAUCUUUUGCAGGCAAGCAAGGAAGUUGGGGGUUUAGAGUAUAACACCAACAGCCAGCCACCUGCCUCCCCCAGCACGCAGGAAGCCAUCCAGGGCAUGCUCUCCAUGGCAAACCUCCAGGCCUCAGAGUCCUGCCUGCAGACGUCGUGGGGCACCAAUCAGGCAAAGAACAACUCCUUCUCCACACAAAACUUGAAAAAAAAUGGCGGCGGCGGCAACAAAAACGCUGGGAAGCGACUGCUGAAGAAAAGCACAAAGAACAGCAUUGACAUUGAGGAUUACGAUGAGGACCAGGACCACUUGGAUGCCUGUUUUAAGGAUUCAGAUUAUGUUUACCCUUCUCUCGAAUCAGAUGAAGAUAAUCCAGUAUUCAAAUCCCGAUCAAAGAAAAGGAAAAGUUCAGAUGAUGCCCCUUACAGUCCGACUGCACGCGUUGGCCCCUCGGUGCCCCGGCAGGACAGGCCCGUGCGAGAAGGCACAAGGGUCGCCUCCAUCGAAACUGGACUCGCCGCUGCUGCCGCCAAGCUGUCACAGCAGGAGGAACAAAAAGGCAAGAAGAAAAAAAAUACCAAAAAGAAGCUGUCAGCCCCCAACGCAAGCAAAGUGGCUCAGGAAGGCAGCUCCCCCGAGCCGAAGCUGGAGUCACAGGCCAGCAGCCUCACAGAUCACGAGUACACUGCAGGGGCCAGCACCUUUGGGGUCGCCCAGCCUAACAGGGGAUCACAGCCGAUGGCACCCGGUGUUUUCCUCACACAGAGGAGACCCUCAUCAUCCUCGCAGAACAAUGCCUCCGCCAAAGGGAAGCGUACGAAGAAGGGGAUGGCCACGGCCAAGCAGCGGCUCGGCAAGAUCCUGAAGAUCCACCGGAACGGGAAGCUGCUGCUCUAGUGGCCCCAGGCACACUGCCACCCGGUUCUGGGCCACCACCACAAUAAUCCCUUUAACUUUCAGCGGUCGGACUGUACAGAAUCAUGGUAUAAAUAUUUUUUAACAUAGAUGUCCUUUCUCAGAGUGCUGAGAGCGACUAGCCGCAAAAAGUUAAUACUAAUCUCGGCCACCGAGGAGUGCAUCGAGCCCCCCGCUCCGGCCCUGGCCCUGGGCCCCUCUCCCCGCCCGGCGAGCGGGCAGGGUGGGCAUCACCGCUGCGGUGGCAGCGCUGGGGACAGCAAGGACCACGAGGCCACGGCAGGAGGGGAGCACAGGACUCGAGGCCUUGGGCAGGGAGAUGGUGGGCGUGCUCCUCAGGCACUGCCGCUGCCCUGGGUCACUUUUCCUAGAAUGUAGCUUGUACAUAGCUUUUGGAAUAACCACCGCCGGGUUUUUAUACGGGGAGGGUCUCUCCGGGCGCUGCCCACCGGUACCAGCUCUUUGCGUAACUUCUUGUACGAGGAGGGAGACAGUUAUUUUACUAGCACCUUGUGGAGUGUUUCCGUGUUUUGUGACAAUGUAAUUUAUUAAUGUUUGUAGCUUUUUAUAUUUGUACAUUUCUUAUGGGCUUUGUUUAUAUACACACAUUACCGGGGCGCGGCGCCUGCAGGGAACCAGAGCCACCUGCCCCCGUGUGCCGGGGCCACCACCACGGCCACCAUCACGGCCACCACCAGGGCCGUGCUGGCCCGGGCGUCGCGCCUGCUUUUUUUAUUAUGAUUAUUAUUAGUAGUAUUAUUAUUUUUUCGCAACAUGUACAUUUCUAACAAAGUUUAUCGUGGCUAUCUAUCUAUGACGGUGUUUUAUUUACCGAUUCAUAUCAAAAGGCUCUUGUAUCGACUUCACAAAAUCUUAAGUAAACCUAGAGCAAAGUUUAAAAAAAGGAGAAAAAAAAAAAAAAAGAAAAAAGAAAGCAAAGUAAAACUAUUUCAGGUUUUGUACACAAUUGCCUGGGCCUGGCCUUUUUGUGGGGUCAGCAAAGGAGGGGUGGGGAGGCAGCUGGGGGUCCCUGAGGGUGGGUGAAGGAGCAAGCAGGGACCCACUGCUGGCACAGACAGGGGGUGGCUCUGCUGCCACUGUAACUCCCCCCCCCCUUACACACCUGCUUGCUGCAGCACCAUGAGAAGCCCCAGUCAGCUAGGCACUGUCUGCAGUGCCCUGCUAAGAUAUCUCACGGUCCACCCAAAGGUUCACCCACUGCCCAGCACAUCAUCCACCUCCCAUGGACAAACAUACAUGCCU